AUGAAACUCUGGUUUCUUCUGCUGGCCAUUGCCAUCAGCACAGAGGAAAUACAAAGAGAGAGCAGUUGUGCUGAAAGGUACGCUGGAAUCCCUGGCAACCCAGGACACAAUGGCUUACCUGGACGGGAUGGAAGAGAUGGAACAAAGGGGGAAAAAGGAGAUCCAGGUGAGCCAGGACACCCAGGAAAACCAGGUAUAGAUGGUCUAACUGGAGAUAAAGGAGAACCAGGCACUGAUGGCAGAGUUGAAGAGAAAGGGAACAAAGGAACCAAAGGGGAGAGAGGCUGGCCGGGGAAAUUUGGACCAACAGGAAUGCCAGGACCUGUUGGAGACAAAGGUCAAAAGGGGGAGCAGGGACUCCAGGGGCGAAAAGGUUUAAAAGGUGACACUGGCCCUGGGGGGCCCAAAGGAAUCAAAGGUGAAACUGGAGCCCAAGGUGAAAUUGGUCUAAAGGGUCCCAUGGGGCCAAUGGGCCAUGUUGGUCCAAAAGGAGAGAUUGGAGCCCCAGGACCAAAGGGUAGUAAAGGAAUUCAGGGUGAAACAGGAUGGAAAGGAGACAGGGGAGAUAAGGGAAAUCGAGGUGGUGUCCCCAUCCUCCCCAGAAGUGCCUUCAGUGUAGGUCUCAGCACUAAGUUUCCCCCUUUAAAUAUUCCCAUCAAAUUUGACAAAGUGAUGUAUAAUGGUUUAAACCAUUAUAACACAGUCACUGGAGUAUUCACCUGUCAGAUCGCUGGUGUCUAUUAUUUCACCUAUCACAUCACUGUUCUUGUAAAAAAUGUUCGAGUAGCUCUGGUUAAAAAUGGAUACAGGAUGCUCCACACUUCGGAUAAGUACCAAGGAGCUGAAGAUCAGGCCUCGGGAGGAAUCGUCUUGGAACUGAAGGAAGGUGAUCAGAUAUGGUUGGAGCCCUACGGUGGGGAGAUGUCUAAUGGGUUAUACGCAGACCCAGAUGAUGACACGGUCUUCUCUGGCUUCCUUCUGUUCAGCACCUCAGAGAUACCAGCACCUACAACACUUUUCAGCAUUUAA